AUGGGAACAGCUCAAAGCACAAAGAGAAAACACAAGUCAGCCCAUCAAAACACUGCACAGAAGGAAGCUAAUUACAGCACAAGCAUGGCAGACCAGAAAGAUAGACUGGAUGAUUUUAAAGUCCAGACACCCAAGAAUACCAACAUCAGCUCGGCCCAACUACGGCAGCACAAUGAACACUCGAAAGACCGCGCCUCAAAAAGGCUCUCCACUGACUCUAAUGGGACAAGCGACGGAGGUGUGGGCUCAUCCACACCAGUGGAGCUGACCGCCUUAGAGGAGUCGUUUCGUCGUUUCGCCAUCCACGGCGACACGCGCGCUACCGGAAAAGACAUGCACGGAAAGAACUGGUCUAAGCUCUGCAAGGACUGUGGCGUGAUCGACGGCAAGAACAUCACCCUCACCGACGUCGACAUUGUCUUCUCCAAAGUCAAGAAGAAAUCCUGUCGCACCAUCACAUAUGACGAGUUCAAGGUCGCGCUGGGUGAGCUUGCCAGAAAAAAGUAUAAAGACAAGACUGGAGAAGAGGCUGAAGCUGAGGUAUUCAAGCUGAUUGAAGGAAAGACGCCCGUCAUCGCCGGGGUGACGAGAGCUGUCGCUUCUCCGACAGUCAACCGACUGACAGACACCACCAAGUUCACGGGUUCGCACAAGGAGCGCUUCGACGACACAGGGCGCGGUAAAGGGAAGGCCGGACGAGUAGACCUGGUCGACACUUCAGGAUACGUCUCAGGAUACAAGCAUCGAGGGACCUACGAAAAGAAGGUCACUAAACCCCCCACUGCCAAACCCAUGUGA